AGAAUCAACGACUACCCUUCCCUCGUAUGAAUUGAAACUAGGGUUCUGUUUGCGUUAAAUAACUAUCUGAUUUUGCUGUCACCACCUAAUUAACCGAGUGGUUUUAGCAAAAAAAGCACUGGAAUUAGAGCAUUAAUCAAAAUCAACCGGAAACGACACCAAACGUGGUCGUAUCUCUAGCCUCUGUGAGAUUGAAGUCUCUAUUUGGUCGGUCUUGAUCAAAAGAGAUGGUCGAGCUAGAGCGAACUCAGAAACCAUGGGCGACUCCAGACCAGACCGCAAGAGUCGAAAUCAAUAGUCACGAUUUGUUGAUGUCGGAUUCCUUGGUGAUUGAUGGAGCAGAGCCUGGAUUAUCUGUUCCUCAUCCUCGCCACUCAAACUGUAAGUCCGACUGGAAAUUAGGGCUUGCAGAAAGAGCCUUCUCGGCUGCUGGUGCUGCGUUUUUAUCAGCUAUUAUAGUUAACCCUCUGGAUGUUGUCAAGACAAGGUUGCAGGCGCAGGCUGCAGGGGUUCCUUACUCCCACCCACUAAGCAAUAUUACUAGUCGGAUGGCAUAUUUUGGGCCAAACAUGAUGUUUGCUGAUCUAAGAUGUUCACCAUCAUGCACGCGUGCUGGAGUUCAUGGAACGGUAUCGAUUUGCCCUCCUGAUUGUUUUCAAUACAAGGGAACUCUUGAUGUCUUCUACAAAAUCAUUCGACAGGAAGGAUUUGGUAGGCUUUGGAGAGGCACAAAUGCUGGUCUGGCCUUAGCUGUACCAACGGUGGGAAUCUACCUACCAUGCUAUGAUAUGUUUCGCAAUUGGAUGGAGGGUUUUACCUCCCAGAAUAUUCCUGGGGCAAUGCCAUAUGUGCCUUUAGUAGCAGGUUCAUUGGCACGUUCUUUAGCCUGUGCAACUUGUUACCCUAUCGAACUUGCUAGAACUCGCAUGCAGGCAUUUAAAGCAUCCCAAGUUGGUAAACCUCCUGGAGUUUGGAAAACACUGCUGGAGGUCCUCUCCCAUGUAAGGAGCACAAGUAAUGCCCAAAACAACUUGGGAGGUUACCGCGUGUUAUGGACAGGCAUGGGGGCACAGCUUGCUCGUGAUGUUCCAUUCUCUGCAAUUUGUUGGUCAACCCUUGAGCCAAUCAGGAGAAGACUAUUAAGUUUGGUUGGUGAAGAAUCCAAUGUGGCAAGUGUUCUUGGAGCAAACUUUUCUGCUGGUUUUGUUGCGGGUAGUCUUGCUGGCGCUGCUACCUGUCCUCUAGAUGUUGCCAAAACCCGAAGACAGAUAGAGAAGGAUCAUGUAAGGGCAUUGAGGAUGACUACACGACAAGUUCUUUUGGAUGUUUGGAGGGAUGGAGGAAUGAAAGCGCUUUUCACAGGUGUUGGUCCUCGUGUUGGACGUGUAGGCCCAUCUGUCGGGAUCGUGGUGUCAUUUUAUGAAGUUGUUAAGUAUGUUCUGCAUCGCCAGUAUGCAACUUCGUAACAAAGAUGGGGUUUAGUUCCUUAUCAGUUGUUUUUGGUCUCUGUUGAAUAAGUUUUUGGUGACAGCAUAGGAGAAACACUCGGCAUUGAAGUAGUAGCCAAUGGAUAUCACGUGAAUAAUAUAGCAAGCAAAGAAGAGAAUAUGGUUCUGAUAACGUUAGGUUCUUUUCUCUAGGCAUGCAAGUGCAGGAUGGAAAAGCAUUUGCUAUCUUUGGCCAAUUUUGUUUCCUAGGUUGAUUGCAAUAUACAGCUCGGAAUGAGCAUGAAUUUUGUUAUUUUGGGAGAUUUCCCUAUUCUAGGAUUUCUCUGAGUUUUAGUAGUUUACAAACAUGUUCUUUCCCAU